UAGCUGCUACAGUAGCUGUGUCCCAAAGUUAGUUAAGGCGGCAACUAUCCAUUUAAGAGUUUUAGCUAUAUAAACCAUUGUACUGAUUGUUACAUGCAUUUGAAUAACAACCAAUCUCUUUCUCUCAAUUUCUUCUUAUUCUUAGCUAAAUUCUUGGAUUUCCCUGAUUAGCACACCAGUUUUUCGAAGAUAAUUCCUAAAACUGCUUCACCAUUGGCCUUUGAUUAUCAAUUGUGCAUCACUUCAUUUUGGGGAUUCAUUGAGAAUCGAUUAAAAGCAAUCUGUCUUGACUUGUGCUGACUACAUGGUUAUGUGUAGUUGUGGUGGUCACAGUUUGCUUUACUGCAGUUAUUUCCUCCAUUAUGACUGUUCAUAGGCUGGAACCUUCUGUUCUAAAUGUUGAUUAUCUUCUCAAGACCAAUGCGGCAGUUGGUUGCAAUGGCAAUUCAUUUAUAGUCGGAUAUCUGGUGAAUUUGAAGUUCAAACCAGAGAACAUCAAGAAAAUCAGUUCAAUAAGUAACUACCCUAAAGCUUUUGAGAAGGGAGAAAUUUCUGCUGCUUUCUUAGUAGCUCCGCAUGCCAAAGUUUUCCUAGCAAAGUACUGCAGAGGUUACACCAAAUCAGGACCUGUCUUUAAGCUUGGUGGAUUUGGCUUUGUAAGAUCAAGAUUGCAUCUUUUUACCUUUUCAAUCUGCUUAUCUCCAUGUUUAGCCGAUUAAUUUCGCGUAUCUAAAAUUAUAGGAGUCACAAUUUUUGCUCAAGUCCGAACUUUUGUCACAUUAGAGUAAGCAGAACUUAAUUACCCACUAUAAUGGUGAAGAUAUGAAACCUUGCUACUAUGCUAAAGUUACAGAUCUUUGCUGCUAUAAAGGUAAAGUUACAGUAGUGGAUUGGUUUUGUAAUUAUAGUAUUUAAAGUUAAGUGAUUGUAUAGUAUAGUGAGUAAAGUUCAGUUACGUUAGUGUGACAAAGGCACUUUAGUGUCUUUACUGUUGAUAGUAGGGAGUUAAAUUUUGUGACUUCUAAUAAUUUAAUCUAAUAUUUCAAAACGUAAUUUAGUUACUUUAUUAUAAAGGAUAAAGUUCGGUGACUAUACGAACUAGCCCUUUAUUAGCCUAAUCAAAUUCUUAUGAAAAGGGAGGACUAGUGCACUAAAGCUACCGCUAUGCGCGGUAUCCGGGGAAGGGCCCCACCACAAAGGUGUAUCGUACGCAGCCUUACCUUGCAUUUCUGCCAGAGGCUGUUUCCAUGACUUCUUAAUAUUUUAAUCUAUCAAGUCUUUCCAAAGGGUUCUCCCUUAGCAGUUGAUAUCUCAGAAGCUGUUCUUAAAUUCUCACAGAAUGGAGAGGUAAAUCAACUAGAAGAACAAACGCUUAUUUCUUCAAAUUGCUCUUCUUCAUCAGCCGAGGAACAGGGCCCUGGAUUAGGACCAGAGUUGUUCUCAGGUCCAUUACUGAUUUCUGGUGUUAUAUGUGGACUUGUACUUUUGAUCUCAAUCUCUCGUUUAAUCAGAAAACACUGGCUAAUUUUAAGGUCUAUAAUAGCAAAUAGUGCAAAGGUAGUUCUUAGAUGGGCUUCUGUGGUUCUAACUCACUGCUAUACAAGAAUCGGACCAAGAUCAGUUAAAGAUUGCAACACUGUGAUUGACCAAAGACCAACUAAUCAACAGAAUGGUGAAAUUACAGAGGUAUUCUGAUGGGCCAAAAAGCUGGCAAAUCAAGAACCGCAAUUUACAACUGCUAGUUGUCCUCUGUCCAUAAGUACUCUUGUAAAUGUAUGAUCAGAAGUUGUAUAUGAGCCAAAGAAAAUCUUUGUGCAAGUUAAUUUUAGAUGCUCUACUUGCUUUUUGUUGAUUCUUGAGGUGUUUUGGUGACUAACAAAUGAAAUGUGAGUAAAUGACAAAUGAAGAGGGUGUACCAAUGAAGGGGAGUUACUGAGCAAUUGUAGUCCCCAAAAAUCAGGAGAUAUUCCUAGAAGUUGAUCCAAAUUAUAUCAACACGUAAAUUAACAAUAGAUUUGUUGAGUUGAUCAACUUGCUGUAUUGAUGUAGUAGUGAUUAGUGACAUGUUUAUAUUAACUCAUUAGUUAUAUAUGGAUUUGUGGAAUUCAACUUGCAUUAUUGUUGACUUCUUGUAGUAGUAUGGCUACUAUCUUCGGCCUACCUAACUGUGGUCCAGUUGUUCUUUAAUCAGUUUGAACAAGUCCUAAGGAAAAUUCUUUGAAAAAGUCAAUUUUAUUUCUUUAAAGUCUUAGUACUUCUGCAAUUGAGCUAAGGACCAAUGAAAUAUAUGGAAAUUACAGAAAAUCAAAGUUCAACUGUCAAACAGAAGAAGAAAGAAAAUAUUAUAAUUAGUGAUUCUUUUUAUCUACCUAAACUUUAGGAAUAGUAUUGAUGUCGGUAGGAGGUAGCAGAUAGGUGAUAAUCAAGGUGUAAUUUAAAAGGGAAAAAAAAGCAUUGGUUCAUGUUUUAGUCAAAAGGUACAAGUAGCAUAUUGAGGAUAAAAUGAGAGAAGGUUGCUUGAGAUGGUUUGGACAUUUUCCGUGUCGACCUAUAGAUGCAUCGGUCCAUAGGUGUGAAACGAUCGUAAGUGAAGGUGUUAAAAGGAACAGGGUAGACUUAAAAUCACAUGGAAUGAAGUGGUCUCAAAAGACCUCCAAAUGCUUCGUAUCAGUAUAGAUUUAGCUAAAGAUAGAGACAACGGAAGAAAAAGAACCAUAUAGAUGAUAUCACUAGUUGAGGAUAGGUUUAGACUCGUACGGAAAUUUUGUUUAAAUUAUUAUUAUUAUAGUAGUGUGUGAAGGGGAGCCUUGGACUAAAUGGUAAAAUUGCUGCCACGUGACCAGGAGGUCACUGGUUCAAGCCUUGGAAACAACCUCUAGCAGAAAUGCAAGGUAAGUUUGCGUACAAUACACCCUUGUAGUGGGGCUCUUCCUGGACCUGUGCAUAGCGGGAGCGUUAGUGCACUGUAUUGCCCUUAAAUGAAGAAUUGAUGAAGAUUCAUAUAGCGGACCCCAAAUUUCUCUGGGACUGAGGCAUAGUUAUUGUGGUCCAUCUCUUAGCCCCUUUAUAUAUGACACAGCAACCGCCAACCAAAAGUCUAGCCAUAGCAAAAUGAGAACUGCUACUACUACUGCCUUCUCCUUGUUUGUCUAUUUCUUAUUGAGUCAUGAUCAUGUAGCAUUUUCAUUGGCUUAUAACAAGAAUGGUGUAAAUGGUUCAACACGUGAUGAUUGUAAAAUGAUAACCUGGAGAAUAGGAGCAAUCAUUGAUCCAACAACAAGAGUUGGUAAAGAGCAAAAGGUGGCAAUGGAGAUGGCUGUUGAUGACUUUAAUGCCCAAAAUUCCAAAUGUUCAGAGUUAGUUCUCAACUUUGCUUAUUCCCAUGGUCCUGCAGCUUCCCUUGCAACUUAUCUGGCCAACAAGAAGCAAGUACAUGCCAUCCUUGGACCAUUGACGCACCAAGAAGCUGCUUUAUUUUCUGACUUUGAUGAUGAAGCCUACAAGGGCAUCCCCAUUAUUUCUCUAAGUCCAGCUGCCACAUAUUCGACAAUGUUACUCGCGGAACCACCUUCACUUAUCCAAAUGAGUGGUGAUGUUAACUCCCAAAUGCAAUGCUUUGCUUCCUUAAUUGGCCAUUUCAAAUGGAGAAAGGUGAUAGCUUUAUAUGAAAUUAGUAACAGUUUCUCCAAUAUGCAUUUUAAGCUCAUCACUCACCUUUCAGAUUCACUCAAAGUUGUUGACUCCUCUGUUGAACAUCAUUUGGCUUUUCCUCGGCUCUACUCUCUCUCAAAUUCAAAAUCAUUCAUUCAAGAAGAGCUGGUGAAGUUAAGAUCCAAGAAUGUUAAAGUUUUUGUGGUGGUACAAUGUUCUUUACACUUUGGUUUGGUCCUUUUUGAGAUGGCUACAGAAAUGGGAAUGAUGGAGAAAGAUUAUGUAUGGAUUAUUUCAGACAAUAUGGCAAGUCUUCUUGAUUCUGUUGAACCUUCUGUUUUACUAAAUAUGCAAGGUGUGAUCGGGUUUAAGGCAAAUAUUAAUGAAAAAACUGAGUCUUUUGGUGAGUUCAAUGUUAAAUUCAGGAGAAAGUACAGAUCAGAAUAUACUGAAGAAGAAGGAGGAUAUCCCAGUCCUAGCUCAUAUGCUCUCAAGGCUUAUGAUGCAACAUGGGCAACUGCUAAAGCCAUGCAGAAGUUAUCCAAAAGCAAUUCAAGUGAACUAGUGAAAAGCAUUUUGUUGAGCGAGUUUGAAGGUUUAAGUGGGAAAGUUAGCUUCAAGAAUGGCAUGUUAUAUCAAAAUCCAACCUUUAAGAUCAUUAAUGUGAUUGGCAAAAGCUACAGAGAAGUGUCAUUUUGGUCUCCAGAGUUUGGUUUUUCUGAGGAUCUUGUUGAAUACAAUGGGGUGAAGUUGAAAAUUGGUAACGGUUUAGGAGGGGCUUUGGGGUCAAUUUUGUGGCCUGGCGGUGAGCAAACCGUUCCAAAAGGGUGGACAAUAGGCGGCCUAGAAAAACCGCUAAAGAUUGGGGUACCUGCAAGGGGUGUAUUUAAUCAGUUUGUGACUAUUAAAUUUAACCAAGAGAGAAAUGAGACGCUGAUUGGUGGAUUUUCAGUACAUGUUUUUGAAGCAGUAGUGAGGCAACUUCCAUAUUAUCUGCCCUAUGUCCUUGUUCCCUUCUAUGGUACUUAUGAUGAAAUGGUGGAAGGAGUUUCAAACAAGACUCUGGAUGCAGGGGUAGGUGAUACUGAAAUAAUGCCUGAUCGCUAUGAGGUUGCAGAAUUUUCACAGCCCUAUAUUGACUCUGGACUUGUCAUGGUAGUUACUGAAAGACCGAGACUCAAGAAGGCCCAUUUUAUUGUUAUAAAGGCCUUCAAGUUGAAAUUGUGGAUUCUGCUGGCUGUGAUGAGCUUGUCCACAGGGGCUGUCAUCUGGUUAAAUGAGUACGUAAAUGACAACCCGGAUUUCAGUGGUACUUUCCCUCAGCUUAUUGGAUCCAUGCUUUGGUUCUCUGUCACUGUUCUCUCUUUUUCGCAAAGAGAAUCAAUCAAAAGCAAUCUGUCUCGACUGGUGCUGACUACAUGGUUAUGUGUAGUUGUGGUUGUCACAGCUUGCUUUACUGCAGUUCUUUCCUCCAUUAUGACUGUUCCUAGGCUGGAACCUUCUGUACUAAAUGUUGAUUAUCUUAUAAGGACCAAUGCUGCGGUUGGUUGCAAUAACAAGUCAUUUAUAAUCAAAUAUCUGGUGAAUAUGCAAUUCAAGCCAGAGAACAUCAAGGAAAUGAGUUCAAUCAAUGACUACCCUAAAGCUUUUGAGAACGGAGAAAUUUCUGCUGCUUUCUUUGUAGUUCCACAUGCCAAAGUUUUCCUUGCUAAGUACUGCAAAGGUUACACCAAGUCGGGACCUGUCUAUAAACUUGGCGGAUUUGGCUUUGUUUUUCCCAAGGGUUCUCCCUUAGCAGUUGAUAUCUCAAAAGCUGUUCUUAAAGUCUCGCAGAGUGGAGAGGUAAAUCAACUAGAAGAACAAAUGCUUAUUUCUUCAAAUUGCUCUUCUUCAUCAGUUGAGGAACAGGAUCCCGGAUUAGGACCAGAGUUGUUCUCAGGUCCGUUAGUGAUUUCUGGUGUUAUAUGUGGACUUGUACUUUUGAUCUCAAUCACUCGUUUAGUCAGAAAACACUGGCUAUAUUUAAGCUCUAUUAUUGCAAACAACGCAAAAAUAGUUUUUAGAUGGGCUUCUGUGGUUCUAACUCCGUGCUAUACAAGAAUAGUAAGACCAAGAUCAGUUAAAGAUUGCAACACCGUGAUUGACGAAAGACCAAAUAUUCAACAGAAUGUUGAAAUUACAGGGGUACUCUGAUGGUCCAAAAGCUGGUAAAUCAUGGACAGGAAUUGACCAAAGGCUACUUUUUUUUCUUGUCUAAUAAUCUAAUGUGCUCUUGUAAUCUGUAGAUAUAUGAUUUUCUUCCUUUUUUGAGAUCACCAGUUGUAAUGAGCCAAAGAAAAUCUGUGGUGUAAGUUAAUAUGAGUGAUACAUUUUGGAGCC